ACGUCACUGAACAGUGACGCGCGCUGUUUGGACGUACCUGUGGCCCGCCUACCGGAAGGGAUUCGCGGAGCUUGACUAUGGCGACCACCGCGGAGCAGUGGGUGCUGGUGGAGAUGGUACAGGCGCUCUACGAGGCUCCUGCUUACCAUCUUAUUUUGGAAGGAAUUCUAAUACUCUGGAUAAUCAGACUCCUUUUCUCUAAAACUUACAAAUUACAAGAACGAUCUGAUCUUACAGUCAAGGAAAAGGAAGAACUGAUUGAAGAGUGGCAACCAGAACCUCUUGUUCCUCUUGUCUCAAAAGACCAUCCAGCCCUCAAUUACAACAUAGUUUCAGGCCCUCCAAGCCACAACAUUGUGGUGAAUGGAAAGAAAUGUAUAAACUUUGCCUCAUUUAAUUUUCUUGGAUUGUUGGAUAACCCGAGGGUUAAGGCAGCAGCUUUAGCAUCUCUGAAGAAGUAUGGUGUGGGGACUUGUGGACCCAGAGGAUUUUAUGGCACCUUUGAUGUUCAUUUGGACUUGGAAGACCGCCUGGCAAAAUUUAUGAAGACAGAAGAAGCCAUUAUAUACUCAUAUGGAUUUGCCACCAUAGCCAGUGCUAUUCCCGCUUACUCCAAGAGAGGGGACAUUGUCUUUGUAGAUAGCGCUGCCUGCUUUGCUAUUCAGAAAGGAUUACAGGCAUCACGUAGUGACAUUAAGUUAUUUAAGCAUAAUGAUAUGGCUGACCUGGAGCGACUGCUAAAAGAACAAGAGAUUGAAGAUCAAAAGAAUCCCCGCAAGGCACGGGUAACUCGGAGAUUCAUUAUUGUAGAAGGAUUGUAUAUGAAUACCGGAACUAUUUGUCCUCUUCCAGAACUGGUUAAGUUAAAAUACAAAUACAAAGCAAGGAUCUUUCUGGAGGAAAGCCUUUCAUUUGGAGUACUAGGGGAGCAUGGCCGAGGAGUCACUGAACACUAUGGAAUCAAUAUUGAUGAUAUUGACCUCAUCAGUGCCAACAUGGAGAAUGCACUUGCUUCUAUUGGAGGUUUCUGCUGUGGCAGGUCUUUUGUAAUUGACCAUCAGCGACUUUCAGGCCAGGGAUACUGCUUUUCAGCUUCAUUACCUCCCUUGUUAGCUGCUGCAGCGAUCGAGGCCCUCAACAUCAUGGAAGAGAAUCCAGGUAUUUUUGCAGAGUUGAAGGAAAAAUGCAAACAAAUUCAUAAAGCUUUACAAGGCAUUUCUGGACUGAAAGUGGUAGGGGAGUCCUUGUCUCCAGCCUUCCACCUACAGCUGGAAGACAGUAGCGGCUCUCGAGAACAAGAUGUGAAACUGCUUCAGGAAAUUGUGGAUGAGUGCAUGAACAGAAGUAUCGCGUUGACUCAGGCACGCUACUUGGAGAAAGAAGAGAAGAACCUCCCCCCUCCCAGCAUUAGGGUUGUGGUCACGGUGGAACAAACGGAAGAAGAACUGGGGAGAGCUGCAUCCACCAUCAAGGAGGUGGCCCAGGCUGUCCUGCUGUAGGCUGAAGCCCAGGACUGUGGCCUCUUGCCACACAACAUGCAGAAAGGAUAUGAGACCUCCUGGUGGCCAGAGAAUAGUCCGAGAGCAAGAGCACACGGAUAUUGGAUAGGAUUAUUACCAAACAGUGUGGAUAUCGACCAAGUGUGUGACCAUGAGAAGGAUGCUUAUUAUUUUUUAAAAGGAAACACACCUGAAAGCCCAGGAACUGAUUUUUUAAAGGGGAAAACUAAUGACAGUAUAACUGGUAUUUAAAUUGUGCAUUUAGUACUAUUUAAAUGUUUUAUUAUACUAGUAUUUUAUAUUCUUUAUUGUCAUUUAAAACUGGAGUUUCAGUUUCUCUUCUCUCACUUUUAAUAGAACGAUUCUGUGAACACUCCUCAAUCCCGUAAUAUUUCGUAGAAAAGUGACUUAGCAACAGAAAGCUAAGAGGAACACUUCAGCAUGUACGAUACAAAAUCUGUUAUUGAAGAUCUCAUACAACCUCAUCUUUUCCAGUCAUCAACACAUGGAGCUAGAUGGGGCUAAAAGGAGCACUUUUUGUGUGAUUACUAUAAACUUUUCAUUAUAAUAUAUCUGAAUCUUCAAAUUUUUAUAUACACUAAAUAUUGAUGUUAUACCAUUUCUAGCCUGAGCAUCCCUAACCAGGAAUAUUCAUUAUACUUCCUAAGUGAGCAAUAAUUUAAAUCAAAUGCUAUUUUAUUUUAAUAUAAUUGACCUUUAGAUUUAUUAUGUGUUAACUUUUAGUCUGUUUUGGGAUGGGAGUUGGUUAUCAUGUUGAUUCCAAAGUAUCAUAUCCCUCAUAUUUUAGAACAUCUCAGACAUAUUCCUUUUUUUGUAUAGUGGGUUUCCCUAGGGAUGUAUAACUUUAGGCUUUUUCUAAGCUAAGAAAAAUGAGAAUUACUUUUAUUUUUAGGUUAUGAAUUCCAAAUAUUUAAAAAAUAUGAGAAAGCACUAAAAAAAAUGAAGCUAUAUUUUAUCUGUUUUCUCUUUAGCAAACUAAAUUAAGUGAUAUAAAGGUUUGUGAUAUGUGCCACAAGAUGAUACCAAUAUUCCUUCUCUUAUUAAAAGUAAAGGAAUACAAUUAUUUUAAAAGUGUUGUUUUUAUAAUCUGUGUUCAUAUUAACAAAUGGUCUUCAAUGUGUUUUUAAAUAACAUUUUUUUAAUGUUCAGUCUAUUUUGCUUGAGGUAUUUCAUAUAUAUGUGCCUUUUGAUUGCUGCUGCUUUAAAGGAUACAGUACUCUUGGGGAAUGGAUCUGUUUUGUUUUUUAAUGGAAUAAACCUACAUUCCUGA